AAAAAUUGAGUUUGACAGUUGCUCGAAAAUCAAUAAAUCGCACUGAGAUUUUCUCUAUCUUCCGAAAUUUAAAACUAUUUUAAAUUUUAGGAGGCGUUCAGUUAUCUUCAGCGACUCUGUAUUGAAGCACAAAUACGAUGGCCGACCCCUGGGUGAUCCAGCAGCACGAGCAUGUCAAGUUCGCUGAGCACUUCCGGAACCUGGGCCCCGUCAACGGCAACCUCACCGGGGAGCAAGCGAAGCGGUUCAUGCUGCAGUCGCAACUACCCCCGCCUAUCCUGGGCCAGAUCUGGUCUCUGGCCGACACCAAUGCUGAUGGCAAGUUGGAUUUGAAGGAGUUCUCUAUAGCAUGCAAGAUAAUUAAUCUAAAGCUCCACGGCAUUGAAGUGCCGAAGACCUUGCCGCCCUCCCUCGUCGCUUCUUUGAGUCCUACCGGUGCUCAGAAACCAUUUACUCCGCCAGCGAAGCCGCCGAUCCCUCCCAUGCCAGCCAUGCCCCCUAUGCCAUCCGCUCCCGUCAUGCCGGCCAUGCCGCCCAUGCCAUCCGUCCCUGCCAUGCCGGCAUUACCUCCGCAGCCCCUAAUCGCCGGCUUGCCAAGCCAAUCCAACCAGUCGUUACUAGGCGAUUUCAGCUCACAGCCCCUAGUAAACACGACGCCCCUAAUCCAACCCCUAAUGCAACCAGCUAAGCCAAGCGUGCCUGAUUUGAUUUCCGGUGUUAAACCGCUGUCUCAGUCACUUAUCGACACCCAGCCCCUAGUUUCGACAAGUCAGCCCCUAAUGAGCACACAGCCCCUGAUCGGAGCCCCUAUUAUGUCAUCGCAGCCGUUAAUACCGAACCAAUCUUUGAGUUCGACCCCUCAAUCAACUCAGCCCCUAAUCAGCUCGGCACCUUUAAAUACGACCCCUAUGGCUCCGAUGAUGCAAACUCAGCCUGCACAGGCGGCUCCGAUGGUACAGUCGCCGCCGUUAAUGGGUCCAACCCCUGUAAUACCAUCGUCUCAGCCGGCUACCGGGUCUUUGAUUAGCAGCCCUCCCCAAGUGACUGCGGCUUCGAUUGCAAGCCAGCCUAUCACCUCCACACCAAUAACCGCUGUGAAGAACGAAGUGCUGUCAAAACCAGGCUCCGUGGUGGCGAGUCCGACCGAAGUACCCAUGGGGGUCAUGAGCCCCCCGCCCGCCGAAUGGGGCGUACCGCAGUCACAGAAACUGAAGUACACGCAGCUGUUCAACGCGACAGACCGCGCCAAGUCCGGCUCGGUGUCGGGUGCGCAGGCGCGCUCCAUCAUGCUGCAGUCGCGCCUGCCGCAGCACACCCUCGCGCAGAUAUGGGCGCUCGCCGACCUCGACUCCGACGGGAAGCUCGGUUGCGAAGAAUUUGUAUUAGCUAUGUAUUUGUGCGAGAAGGCGACGCAAGGCGAGCCGGUGCCGGCCAAGUUGCCGCUAGAACUCAUCCCGCCCACAUUCAGACGUGAAUCGGUAAGUUCCACCGCCAGUGCGAAGUCAUACGAAGAGCGAAGAAGGGAGAACAUGGCGCGAGGUCAGGCCGAGCUGGAGAGGAGACGGUCGCAGCUGGCAGACGCUCAGAUGAAAGAGAAGGCGGAACGAGAGCGAAAAGAGCGCGAAGAAGCAGAGAAGAGAGAGAAGCUGCGUUUAGAAGCGCAGAAGAGGGAGCAAGAGGAGUUGCUUCGGAAGCAGAAAGAGGAACAGGAGAAACGCGAAGCUGCAAGAAAAGAGAUGGAGAGGCAGUGCCAACUCGAGUGGGAGAAGAAGAGGACUCGCGAGUUGGAAGCGAUGCGCACCGAGGAGCAGACCAAGGUGCUCAGCCUGAAGGCGCAGGUGCAGAACCUGUCCGCGCAGCUCAGCGCCGAGAGCGUGCGCUCCACCAACCUGGCCUCCGAGAUCAGGGACACCAGGACGGCGGUCGCCGCCGCUAAGUGCACCAUCGAUGGGAUGCGGUCGGACCGUGAUGCCAGUAUGGCGGAGAUGCAACAGCUCAAGGCGAAGGUUAAAGAGCUUAAUGCCAAGCAGAUUGCACUCAACAAAGAGAAGGCCGAAUUGGACGCCAAGGCUAAAGCUUCCGAAGGCGCUGGCGAGGACGGCAAACUGAAUAUGAUGGAAAUUACCCUCAAACAACUGAGAGAGAAGGUGGAAGCGGCCCGAGCUAUCGUCGAAACGAAAAAGUCCGACCUGGAGAACAACAAGUCGCAACUGUCCGAGCUGAACGCGACCGUCGACUCGCUCACGGACAAGUGUCAGAAGGUUUGGGAGUUGUACGAGGAGAGGCGGAAGGAGUACAUGGAGAGGAGGACCGCGCCCGCAGAGAGUGCCUGGCCUGCUGCAGAAGCAGAGUGGGGCCCGACCAAUGACACGUGGGACACGCCCGCCGAGGACGCGUGGGGCGACGCGCCCAGCACCACCGCGACGGAGACAGUGGCGGCGGGGGUGGCGGCGGUGGCGGGGGUGGCGGGGGUGGCGGCGGGCGCGGGCGCGGCGCGCUGGCGCUGCGUGUACGAGUUCUCGGCGCGCACGGCGGACGAGCUGAGCCUGCAGCCCGGCGACCUGGUGGCCGACGCGCGCCCGCCGCGCGGCGACGCAGAGCCCGGCUGGCGCUGGGGCACCGCGCGGGGCCAAUCGGGCUGGUUCCCGGAGUCCUACGUGGAAGACAUAAACACCCCAUCAUCAUACACCACCGACAUGGUGGAGCCCAUGGAGAUCAAAACUCAAUUGGAAGGUAUAGCAGAAGUACCCGAACCGGAAGUGUCCAAUGACCUCGGUGGCGCUAUGCCUGCAGUCGAAGGUGGAGACUUCUACAUAGCAGCAUAUCCGUACGUGUCCACGGAGCCUGGGGACCUCACCUUCGAGGCUGGUGAGAGGAUCGAGGUCAUGAGACGCGAUGGUGACUGGUGGACCGGCAGGAUCGGCAUCAGGACCGGCAUCUUCCCCUCUAACUACGUAACUAAAGACACGACAGGGGAACCCGUGUCGGCAGACCAGCCAUCCUCAAUUCCUGCAACCAUCCCUGAAGCUCCGGAACCACAGCCGCAGUCACCCACUUCGCCGCAACCGCCUGCAGCGCAACCCGCUCCUGAACCUACCGCGUCGCCCCCAGCGCAGAGCGAAUCGGUGUCGACCCCCGCGUGGUCGUCUCCCGCCCCCGCCACCGCCGCGCCCAUCGCCCCCGCACCGUCAGCCGCAUCGCCGCCGAUAUUAGAACAGAAGUCCUCCACCCCGAUCUCGUCUGAAGUAGCUGCGAUCACGGACAGCGCGGCCGCCGCGCCUCAACCACGCCCGGGGUCCGUGACUGGCGCGGGACGCCGGGACUCGGGCCGGGAUUCCGCCACGGGACGUCGGAAGAACGAGAUAGCGCAGGCUAUAGCCAGCUACACUGCUACUAGUGCCGAACAACUUUCCCUCCAAAAAGGGCAGUUGUUGGUGGUGAGGAAGAAGGCUGAUAGUGGUUGGUGGGAAGGCGAGUUGCAAGCGAAGGGUCGGAACAGACAGGUCGGGUGGUUCCCUGCAAGCUAUGUUAAGGUGUUGCAGUCAUCAGGACGGACUUCCGGUCGCACGACACCCGUGCUGUCCAAGAUGGACACGCUUCCGGCGGAAACUGUCAUCGAUAAGGUGAUAGCGCUGUACCCGUACACAGCGCAGAACGCGGACGAGUUGAGCUUCGACAAAGACGACAUCAUCGCAGUCACCGACCGCAGCCAGGACCCCGCGUGGUGGCAAGGUGAACUUCGCGGCAUGACGGGGCUGUUCCCGAGCAACUAUGUAACUAAACUUGUAAACUAAAUUACAAUAUUCGGCAGUAAUAUAGAGAUAGUACUGGACAGUAAAAACAUAUUAUGGAAAUAGUACUCGAUAGUGAAUUUUGUAGAUAUAAAUUUUGUUGAUAGAUUGGUUCUCCAGCAGAUUAUACAUUGAAUUUUUCACAAAAGUAGUAUAACGAUGGUCACAUUCUGAUGCACAACCAACUUAAAGGAGUACAAAACAUUCAUUAAAGUAAUGCGUACAUUGUUAAAUUAAUUAAUUAAUUAAUUUUGUUGAGUUUAUAAGGAAAUUUUUCAAUGAUUUAUUUAUAUUUCCAUACUAUUAUAUAAGAGUGACAUUCCUGUCCUCACACUACAACUCCUGUGAGGAUCAGCAGUGGCACGCAUGACACCGAGCAGUGAAGCUCGCCGAGGCUCAGGGAACACUUGUCAUUAUCCUGAAACGAAAUUAAUCAAAUAGAAAGAUAACGAGUUGGAAUAGUUGUCCACUUCCUUCCACAGCAAUACGGGUGACAAAAUCAUGAUCUAAGGAGGCGUUUUAACCUCAAGGAUAGGGACGUUUACAACUAGAUAAUUCAUACUAUUAUAUAAAACUGAAGAGUUUUAAUGAGCUCAUGUCAGGAAUUACUGGUUCCAAUUGAAAAAUUCGGUCCAUUAUAUAAAAUUUUCUCCCAACGUUUCGAAGACUUUAUAGUCUUCGUGGUCUCAAGAACUGAGGAGUUGGUAAUCCGAAAAGUUAAAACAAUCAAAAAUAUUAAACAGUAUAGUCAUAGACCUGUCAGGAACAAAUUUUUGCACCAAAAGUUAUUACCGAUUGGUAAUAAGUCGUCUUAUUUGAAAUGUCCGUGUGACAAGAUGUCAGCGUCCUUAGAUAUUAAUACAAAAACAUAUUUACAGAAAAUAUGCUAAUAUUCCCAUUUAAAAACGUGCAAAUCAAUAUGGAAAAAAUAUGAAGUAUUUUACAUUGUUUUGCUAUUUCACAGUAGAUUGAGUAAUCAUAAGUGCAAAUUUUUUGUAUGACAAUAUUCCCAAUGUCCGCUCUAUUAUCUUAAAACUCUUUGGUUACAAUAUCUACCUACAUUUGUUUUUAUAUAAAAAAUAAUUUUAUAUAAAUCAUUCUUAAUAUGUAUUUACUGUCGAAUACUUAUAGCAAAUGUUAGCAUAUGUUCGCUCAGUAAUGCGAAGUAAAUAAUUAUGUACCUAUAUCACUUUGAAUAUCUAACUCUGAAAUAUUAGUAUCCAUUAUUAUAUUAAUAUUUGUUUCAGUUUAAAAAAAUAGUUUGACCAGGAAAAUAAAAAUCCUGCUUUGUGAUUUUUGCUUUGUAUUUAGAAAUUGGCUCCAGAUGCAUUGUAGCCAGUGUAACUAAUGGAUAUAAUAAUUAACAUCUCAUGUCUCAGGAUGGCGAGCGCAGUGGAAUACCAAACACUUUGUAAUUCAAGGUGUUGGUGUUUCUAAUGUUUAUAGGUAUCGCUUACCAUCAGGCGAACGGCAAACUCGUCAUUCAAAGCAGUAAAAAAAAAUCAUAACAUGAGGUUUUUUAUAUUCCCGGUCAAGAUAUGCAUAAUACUGAGUUAAAAUAACAAUUGCAUCUGAUUUUUUAAUAAAUUUAUAUUGUUUUAUUAAUUUGACAUCUUUGUAAUAUGUAUAUUCGAUUUAUAGAUAUACUUUCUUUCUAUAGUUUUUAAAGUUAUUUUUUAUUAAUCUUGCCGUUACUACAGGCCUAGACUAUGUAAGUACAGUCAACAAAAAAAUAUCUGAUCAAAUCUAACUUCAAAAGGUUUAGACUCCUUAAAAAAAAAGUUUUGUUUGUAAAUUUUGAAUUCGAUGUUAUUGUGUCUGACUGUACGUUAACAUUCCUUAUUGUUAUUGUAGAUAUUAGAAUCAUGUAACUGUUUUAAUAAAUCUUAUUACUCGAA